GAUUGUUAUAAACAUAUAUUAUUCUCACGUGAUAAGGUUCUAAUUCCCACCAAGACGGCGGAAAGUGGCUGCUUCAAUUUGCUCUAUUGGUGGCAUGUACAGUUAGCAAUCUAGUUUAUUAUAUGUAUCUAUGUUCUUGAGUGUCUCUUCUGGUUAUUUUGUGAUCCGGUUAUCUUAAUUCGUGGUGAUAGUAAACUAAGUGACUGAUAACGAAACGAAUAUAAUCAAAACAAAACAUUGUAAAAGUGUAAACUGUAAAAGCCAAAAGAGCAGUGGACUAUUAAAAAAAAUAACUAGUUUAAUAGUUUUUAAAUUAGUACGGAAACUAAUAAAUUUUAUUCAAGAAAUUACCAAGACUGAAUAAUAAUUAUAAUGUCAUUUGAACAGACUGCAUGCGAUGAUCUUAAGGCUUUCGAGAGGAGACUAACUGAAGUAAUUGCUUCUAUUAAACCAAUUACUAAUCGAUGGCGGACAAUUUUAGCCAUUUCAACAAUAAGUGCAUCAAUUGGAGCAUAUUAUUGGCUUACAGACCCACAAACAGCAAAAGUAUCUUUUGUUCAAUCACUUUACAACCAUUUAUUAUUUACUAUAUCAUCAAUAACAUUAAUGAUAUUACUCUUGACUGGAAUUCACAAAAAAGUAAUAGCCACAUCAAUUAUAACAUCAAGAGCAAGGCAUGUACUUUCAGACUUCAAUAUGUCCUGUGAUGACUCCGGCAAACUUAUUUUAAGACCUCGGCCACAACAAAUUACAUGAUAAGUUAUAUACUUAUUUUUGUUAGUUUGUUAUAAACAAAAGCAAAUUGACAAAAAUAAUAAUUUUAAAAAUGGUUUUCAAAAAUUAUUAUACAUUUAAAUGUAUUAGUUUGAAUAUAAACAAUUUCUGUUACAUAAAGGUCUGUAAUUACUGAAAGUAUUUCAUUUAAUAAA